AUGCAGCUGCCUGUGAACCGCAGCUACGCUACGCUCGCCACUUCGGGCCCUCUGAAGACGAAGGGCGGCGUCGCAGCAGCAGACCCGCGCCCCGCACCCCUCCUCUCCGUCUUCGGCGUAGAGAUCCGGGCCCCGCCCACCCCGCCCCUCCGCCUUCAGCUCCUUCUGACCCUGCUGGGUUUCUGGGCAGCGAUGUUCGCCUGGAACCUGUUGGUGCUGGCGACCAUUCUCCUCCGUGUUCGCACGUUCCACCGUGUUCCACACAACCUGGUGGCGUCCGUGGCCAUCUCAGACGUGCUGGUGGCUGCCCUGGUCAUGCCGCUGAGCCUGGAGCCUGAGCCGUCCGGGCGCCGCUGGCGGCUGGGCGGGAGGCUGUGCGAGCUUUGGAUUGCUCAAGUGCUCUGGGGCACGGUCAGCAUCUGGACCGUGACGGCCAGUGCGCUGGACCGCUACUGGUCCCUCACCCGCCACCUGGAAUACACGCUCCGGGCCGGAAAGCGCGUCUCCAACCUAACGAUUGACGCGGGCACCGCAGUCACCUCCCUGGCCCUGCUGUCCUUCGGCUGGGGGGUGACGUACUCGGGCAGCAAAGAGUGCCAGGCGGGCCGCGAGCCCUCCUACACCGUGUUCUCCACCGUGGGCGCCUUCUACCUGCCGCUCUGCGUGGUGCUCUUUGGCGACUGGAAGAUCUACCAGGCUGCCAAGCUUCGCGUGGGCCCCCGGAAAACCAACAGCAUCUUGCCCAUUGCCGAAGCUGUGGAGGUGGGUGUAAAGGCCUCUGCUCAGCAUCCCGAGACAGUGUCCACCGUCCGCCACGCUACUGUCACCUUCCAGACAGAAGGCAAUCGGCGGGAAUGGAAGGAGGCCCUCAUGGUGGGCCUCCUCAUCGAGUUUGUGCCCUGUGGAUCCCCUCCUUCGGCACCGAGCUCCUGGGACUUGCCCGCCCCCUGGAAGACUGUCCUCCUGUGGCUCGGCUACUCCAGCUCCCUCUUCAACCCCCUGAUGUACACGGCCUGCGACAAGCACGACAACAGCACCUCACAACUUCUCUCCAGGUGCCACUGAGCACAAAGUGGCAUGGGCAGGAGGCGCGCGCCAGCCCCGCUCCACCGGGAAGAGGCGGACCUGCGGGCUCCCUGGGGCUGCUGCAGAGCGGCAGGCCUCGCUGCCACACUCCCGGCAGAACGCGUGUCUGCACAGGCAGCUCUGGACCUUGUCGAUCUACCUUUAUCUGCUCUUCCUCGCCCUGCACCCAACGGCCACGGAGCUGGCCCACAGACGUGCCCCUUCCUUUCCAAAACCCAGCCCGGCACAGUCGUCAUCCUUGUCCCGGGGGAGUCAAACAAGGCAGACAAGAGGGAGGAGAUCAGGAGAUGACACAGACAGAGGGAGCAGGUCCAUCCAGACAGAGAGGGGGGAGGUCAACCCAGACAGA